CCGAGCUCAGGGGCCAUGGAGAAAGCGCGGCCGCUGUGGUCCAACUCGCUGCAGUUCGUGUUCGCCUGCAUCUCGUACUCCGUGGGCCUGGGCAACGUGUGGCGCUUCCCCUACCUGUGCCAGUUGUACGGCGGAGGUAGUUUCCUGGUGCCCUACAUCAUCAUGCUCAUCGUGGAGGGAAUGCCUCUCCUGUACCUGGAACUGGCGGUGGGGCAGCGCAUGCGGCAGGGCAGCAUUGGCGCCUGGAGGACCAUCAGCCCCUACCUCAGUGGUGUCGGCAUCUCCAGCGUGGUGGUCUCCUUCUUCCUGUCCAUGUACUACAACGUCAUCAACGCCUGGGGUUUCUGGUACCUCUUCCACUCCUUCCAGGAUCCCCUGCCAUGGUCUGUCUGCCCACUGAAUGGCAACCGCACGGGCUACGAUGAGGAGUGUGAGAAGGCUUCCUCGACGCAGUACUUCUGGUACAGGAAAACCCUCAACAUCUCACCAUCCAUCCAGGAGAAUGGGAGUGUGCAGUGGGAGCCUGCACUGUGCCUCAUCCUGGCCUGGCUCAUGGUGUACCUGUGCAUCCUGCGGGGCACUGAGUCAACCGGCAAGGUGGUGUAUUUCACUGCGUCCCUGCCCUACUGCGUGCUCCUCAUCUACCUGGUCCGGGGCCUCACACUCCAUGGAGCCACCAAUGGCCUGGCAUACAUGUUCACUCCCAAGAUGGAGCAGCUGGCCAACCCCAGGGCCUGGAUCAACGCAGCCACCCAGAUCUUCUUCUCGCUGGGCCUGGGGUUUGGCACCCUAAUCGCCUUCGCCAGCUAUAAUGAGCCCUCCAACAACUGCCAGAAGCAUGCCAUCAUCGUGUCCCUCCUCAACAGCUUCACCUCCAUAUUUGCCAGCAUCGUGACCUUCUCCAUCUACGGCUUCAAGGCCACUUUGAACUAUGAAGACUGCUUGAACAAGGUGAUUCUGCUGCUGACCAAUUCCUUCGACCUUGAAGAUGGCUUUUUGACAGUCAGCAACCUGGAGCAGGUGAAGGACUACCUAGAGUCCACCUACCCAAGCAAAUACAGCAAGGUGUUCCCACAAAUUGAAAACUGCAGCUUGGAAUCGGAGCUGAACACAGCAGUCCAGGGCACUGGCCUGGCUUUCAUCGUCUACAGUGAGGCCAUUAAAAACAUGGAGGUGUCCCAGCUGUGGUCAGUGCUCUACUUCUUCAUGCUGCUGAUGCUGGGCAUGGGGAGCAUGCUGGGCAACACGGCCGCCAUCCUCACCCCUCUCACCGACAGCAAGCUCAUUUCCAGGCACCUGCCCAAGGAGGCCAUCUCAGGUCUGGUGUGCCUCAGCAGCUGCGCCAUUGGCAUGGUGUUCACCACGGAGGCCGGCAACUACUGGUUCGACAUCUUCAACGACUAUGCUGCCACGCUGUCCCUGCUGCUCAUCGUCCUGGUGGAGACGGUCGCCGUGUGUUACCUGUAUGGGCUGAGGAGAUUUGAAAGUGACCUUGCGUCUAUGACUGGCCGCACUCUGAACUGGUACUGGAAGGCCAUGUGGGCCGGUGUGAGCCCCUUGCUCAUCAUCAGCCUCUUUGUCUUCUACCUGAGUGACUACAUCCUCACGGGGACCCUGCAGUACCAAGCCUGGGACGCCUCCCAGGGCCAGCUUGUGUCCAAGAAUUACCCCACGCAUGCACGGGCCGUCAUUGGGCUACUCGUGGCCUCCUCCAUCAUGUGGAUCCCCUUGAUGGCCCUGGGGACUUUCAUCAUGCGCUGCCUCAGGAGGGGAGAGACAGCCCCCGUGGCCUGA